CCAUGCGCUGAAACAGAGCUGUCCAUGAGAAGCUGGUGUUGAAGCAGGAGCCCCUCCAAAAGCUCCACACAGAUGGACACUUGAUUUGAAGUUUUAUUUCAUGUUUUGAAACAGAGUAUUUAUUAAUAUUUCAAUUCAGUUCUGAUUUGUGUGAAGUGUUUGUGAAGGGUUUGUGUUGAGGAGACGUGGAGCGAUGGCUUUCAUGGUGAAACACAUGAUAGGGGGACAGCUGAAGGAUCUCACUGGGGGUCUCGGAGAAGAGAAAGCUGAAGGAGAGAAGUCCGAGGCUGCGGCUAAGGGGAUGACACAGGAGGAGUUUGAGCAGUAUCAGCAGCAGCUGGCAGAGGAGAAGUUGGAACGAGAAGUCGGUUUUGCACAGAGGAAAGCGGAGAGAGCCACAGUCAGGAGCCACUUCAGGGAAAAAUACAGGCUGCCCAAGAGUGAGCUGGAUGAAACACACAUCCAGGCAGCAGGCAAGGAUGUGGAGCUGCCCUCAGAGCUGGCUAAGAUGAUCGCAGAGGACAACCAAGAGGAAGAGCACAAACAGUCAGUCCUGGGUCAACUCAGCAGCUUACAGGAUGUUGAUAUCGACCAGCUGAAGGAAAAAGCGCAGGCCACACUCGGAGACCUCAAAGAGACAGCAGAAAAAUGUGAAGUCAUGUGAUUAAGGCUCUUAUACACAGUCAAUCUCAGGAUGAGAGAGCUAAUCUGAGAUAUUUAUUAGCUCUCCUAAUAAUAAUCACCUAUUUAAGCAUAAACAGCACAUUCCUUACACUUAGUCUAUGCAAAUAUCCUACACAAUGUUGAUCAACUAAAGCUUUAACUUUUAGUUACAUUUUUGUAUAAAUGUUAAAAUAAUUAUUCACAUAUUUUGUUGUUGUUGUUAUUGUUGUUGUUGUUGAUAAUAAAGUAUAUUAAUCUAUCAGUAUUGCAGACUGUUAUAACAAAUAAAGGCCGGAACUAACUGCA